UAAGUGUAAACUGACCAUCUCUAGCAAUAAAAAAUUCCAUAAAUCAUACAACAUUAGCCAUACCUUUCAUUUGAUGCAACAGGCAGAGAGGAGCAAGCAAUCAGCUUUUGCAAAAGCACUAUCAACGCGUCAAUAUAAAGUUUCUAUCUUGCCCUCACUUCGGCGGCCCAAGUGAGCAGAGAAAUUGGUGUGGAGCACCCACUACCAUUCAGUGUCGCGUCGUGCGUGGAGGUGGAGCAACAACAGCCGCAGUAGCAGCAACAGCAGCAGUAGUAGCGGUCGCAACGUCAAUUAAUAGUUUUGCAUAUAUAUAUAUAUAUAUGUAUAUAUUACGCCACUCCUCCCAACCCCCCCUACUCGUACUCGGGCCGUGUUAUACAACAAUCUUAGCAGUGCACGAAAACUAAACUAAACCGUACGCCGGCGAUUUGAGGACCACUCUUCAAGAGUCCUGUUCCCAGUUUAAUCCAAAAAAAAAACAAAAAACCCGCAACUCUGUCAAGAAAAUCGAUUCGUGUGUUGUUUGUGUGUUUAAAUUGAUAUUAUUAAUUGUUGUUGUCGGCCGGCUGCAAGUUGUGUGGCCAUCCUAUUCCUGUCUAAAACCAACCAACCAACCUGAUUUGGGGUCGUCGUCGUCGUCGUCGCCGUCGCCGUAAUAUAAGCAACCAUAGCAAGGGCAACAUCUCAGCGGAACUAUGAAUAUCGAUGACUACGAGUCGUUGCCAACGACCAGUGUUGGCGUCAAUAUGACAGCGGGCGCCAUAGCUGGUGUACUGGAGCAUGUUGUCAUGUAUCCACUGGACUCGGUUAAGACCCGUAUGCAGAGCCUAACAUCACCCGCAUCCGAUUUGAAUAUAAUGUCCACUUUGCGAAAUAUGAUUACACGUGAAGGGAUCAUGAGACCUAUUCGAGGAGCCAGUGCUGUGGUAGCGGGCGCAGGACCGGCGCAUUCAUUAUAUUUUGCCACCUACGAGAUGACCAAGGAGCAGUUAACUAAAUUCACAUCACUCAACCACCUUAACUAUGUAAUUUCUGGUUCGCUAGCGACACUUAUACACGAUGCCAUUUCAAAUCCCACGGAUGUGAUAAAACAACGUAUGCAAAUGUACAAUUCACCAUAUACAUCGGUUUUGACUUGCAUGCGAGAUGUCUAUCAAAAAGAGGGCAUACGGGCAUUUUAUCGAUCUUAUUCCACUCAACUGGUCAUGAAUAUACCAUAUCAGACAAUACAUUUUACCACGUACGAGUUUUUCCAAAACAAGCUCAAUUUGGAACGGAAAUAUAAUCCCCCAGUGCAUAUGAUAGCAGGCGGUGCGGCAGGUGCGUGUGCAGCGGCCAUUACAACGCCUUUGGAUGUGGUUAAGACGUUGCUCAAUACACAAGAAACGGGAUUAACAAAGGGCAUGAUAGAAGCUUGUCGAAAGAUCUACCGUAUGGCUGGCCCAUCGGGCUUCUUUAAGGGCAUGACGGCCCGUGUCUUGUACUCUAUGCCAGCUACGGCCAUCUGUUGGUCCACAUAUGAGUUUUUCAAAUUCUACUUGUGUGGCAUGAAACCGGAUCAGUAUAAAUCGUCAAUUACGGGUCGUUCCGAACUGUCGCCAUCGCGCAAAGCUGACACGGACUAUGUGCUGCCCAAGAGCACAGCUGUCGACGAUGUUGAUGAGCACGAGACAUCGUCUCCACCGGUUAAGGAUGCGGCAUUGCUGCAUCCAACGCCACCCACAGUCAAUGCAGCUGGUGCCAUUAAGACCGUUUGUGAGUUGUCGACACGACCGGCGGCGCCUACUAUUAAUUUGCAUACACGGCAUACGGAUGUAAAGAGCCCCUACGAUCGGGGCUUCUCUAGUACGUAGGCAUCGCGAGUGGGCGUGGCCCGCGUUUAAAGUGUUAGCAACAGCGAGAGC